AUGGAUAACAACGUGACCGCCAACCAAGGAGCUACAAGGCGCACACAUACUUAUACUUUCCACCUUGAAGGCAUGGUUCAGCUGGGACAGUUGGGUGAAUUGGUUACUGGUCAUAACGAAACAGUGUUUAGUGACAGUUAUGGCAACAUCUUAUCCCUUUUGUAUUCACGUGUCGACGAAUGGACUUUAUCUACUCUUCUCCAAUUCUACGACCCUGACAUACGUUGUUUAACAUUCUCAGAUUAUCAGCUGGCUCCCACUCUCGAAGAGUAUUCUCACCUUCUCAACAUCAAGGUUCGGCGCAAAGUGCCUUUUGUUUGCGUCCCAAAGAAACCGAGGUUGGAUUACAUUGCCAACGCUCUUUAUUUGAGCCUUGGAGAUGUUCAUGAUAACUGGAAGAAAAAUGGCGACACUCAUGGUUUCUACAUGAGCUUCUUAAUUGAAAAAGCCCAGGAAUUUGCUAACAAAGAGAUGUGGGAGGCUUUUAAUGCCCUUCUGGCCGCUCUGAUUUAUGGGAUCGUAAUGUUCCCUAACAUUCACAAGUUCGUCGACCUGGCCGCCAUAUGCCUCUUUAUGGGUAAGAAUCCAGUCCCUACUCUACUGGCUGGUACAUACUAUUCCAUCCACUCUCGGCAUGGAAAAAGAGGAGUUGUCCGAAGUUGUUUUCCAUUACUAUACAACUGGUUCAAAUCUCAUCUCCCUGCAAGUGGUCAGUUCAUUACUUCUACUCAAAAGUGGUCUCAAAGGGUCAUGGGACUUACCGCGAACGACAUUGUGUGGUAUCAACUCCGAACAUGUAUAUUUGAGGUCAUUAUUAGGUGCGGAAACUUUGGUAACGUCCCGCUCAUUGGGACAAGAGGAUGUAUUAACUACAACCCAGUUCUUGCUCUUCGUCAGUUGGGCUAUACCAUGAAGAGUGGGCCUUUGGAUAAGGAGAUUCACCAAUCCGUAUACUUUGAAAAGGGAACUGACCCUGUAGCGCUUGAGGAAAUCAGGAAGGCUUGGAAUAACAUCCAUAUAGGUGAUAAAUCCACUUUGGGAGCCAAAAAUGAUAUUGCCAUGGAGCCUUACACCGAUUGGGUUAAGGAAAGAGUCAAGAAACUUUUGUUACCAUUCCCGGAGGUUCCUCUCUUGUAUGCACAACCUCCGAAGAUAUUGGAAGCUAUGGUACCGAGGGAACGUCUCGACCAGGUCCGCAUCGCCAAUUUGAGAUUGAAAGAGAAAGAUAGGGAUACGGAUUUGAAGCACUACUUCCUUAAACAGACAAAGAACGAGCUGGCCCGUGAACUCAAAACGCUCAAAGGAGAAUCUUCUCAAGUCAGGAAGAGGACCAGAACUGAAAUGAGUGGAAAAGCUGCUGCAAUUCUUGCUGAGGACCCUCAAAAGGUCAUAGAAAAGGCUGUAAAGGAAGCAGAAGAAAAGCUCAAACGUGAAUACCAAGAGGACCUGAAAGCCCACAAGCUGAGGACUAUGAAAAAGAAACUGGAAGAAGAGACUACCCAGAGAAUCGCAGUGGAGACUCAGUUGAAAGGAAGUCACCUUCGCACCGCCCGACUGACAGAAGAGAAUGCCAAGCUCAGAGAUCAAAUGAUGAGUACAGAGGAUGCACCCGAGAAGGCUUAUCUCCCAGAAUGCAAAGGAUGUAAAGAACUUAGGGAGAGCUGCAAGAAGCUAGAUGGGCAGUUAUUCCGAAAGGACGUGGUAAUCCAAAGCUUUGUCAAAUGA